CGGCGGGAGACACGUGGGGGCGCGGCCGGCCCCGCUCCGCUCCGCUCCCCUCAGCCCCGCUCCGCUCCCCUCAGCCCCGCUCCGCUCCCCUCAGCCCCGCUCCGCUCCGCUCCGCUCCGCCGCCAUGGAGGAGCCGCUGCCGCCGCCGCCGCUGCCGCUGGCCCUGGCCCAGGCGGCCCCGCCGCCCGCCCCGCCCGACCCCGCCGCUCCCGCCGCCUCGGUGGAUGGGGAACCCGCGGCCGCCCCCGAGUGGAACAUCCCGCCCAGCGCGCCCGCCUGCAUGGAGCGGCACCUGGAGCGGGCGCACUACCGCGCAGACGGGGCCCUGCUGCUGGGCGCCUCCGGGCUCAACGGGCGCUGCUGGACCGGCUCGCUGUGGGUGUUCGCCGAGCCCCGGCGCGCUCCCAGCGAGGGCUUCUGCACCGCCGGCGUGCAGACCGAGGCGGGGGUCGCCGACCUGUGCUGGGUGGCUGACAGGGGCAUCCUGGUGGCCUCCGACUCCGCUCACUCCGAUGCAGUGACAUGUGUGGCUUCCUGUCCUGGUAAGGACACUGUGUUCCUGUCCUGUGCUGAGGACAACAGAAUUUUACUCUGGGACACCAGAUGCCCCAAACCAGCUACCCGAAUUGUUUGCAGUGCCUGUAAUCACCUCCCUACCUCAGUCAUGUGGCAUCCACAGAAAAGCGACGUCUUUGUCUUGGGUGAUGAAAGUGGAGCAGUUGCACUGGUGGACACAAAGAACCCUGACUCUGCCCUCAGCGCCGCCGUGCACGUCCGCAGCAUCACAGGCUUUGCUUUCUCUGCACACAGCUCACCCUUACUGGCUACAAUCAGUGAAGACUGUUCAGUUGCUGUUCUUGACUCAGACCUCUCUGAGGUGUUCAGAGACCGCUCUCAUCGAGACUUUGUAAAAGGCUUGUCCUGGUCUCCUUCAGAUGAUGCCUUGCUCACUACAGUUGGAUGGGAUCAUCAGGUUUUACAUCACACUGUCCCCAUCCCAGCUGGUGAAGCUUCUGGAAUCAACUGUGUAAAAGAAUAGUUUUAUAAACUCAUGGUCCAAGUUCCUUGCUGGCAUCACUUUGAUUCUGCUGAAGUCGAAGGUGUGUGGACUGCAGUGGGGAUGCUCUAUUGUCUGCCUCGAAGCUUGUGGCUGAGAAGGUUCCUGUAGUAAUUUUGAAUUAGGCUUAAGUUAGUUUCAAACCAAGCUUUACCCUCUUCUCAGGAGUAGCUUCUCCUGUAAUAAAGGACUUUGGUUUUACCCAGAAAUAAAUUGACUUCAGGCACAGAGGAGACUUGGAGAGAUGGGGAAUUAGGUGUAAUGAAAAAAGAAAUAAAGUCAAAAAGACUUGAUUCCUUCCUCAGUUCUCCCACUACCCAUGGAAUUAAUAGAAACCUUUGGAGGAGGUUAGCAACACACCUCUUUUUGGGUAGAUGUGAGAGCAAAGUUCUUUGCUSUGUAAAUCAGGUGGAAUGAAAAGACCUGUUGGGAUUUAAGGACUCGAGGGGUUCCUGUAUUGUCCUUAAUGCAGCAAGGGGUGAGGAUUGGGCCUCAGCACCAGUGAGGAGCCUCUGGUGAGCACUGGACACGGGUGUGCAGUGCCAGAGUUUGRUGUCAGGAUCCCUGUAAUGAACAUUUGGGAUGGUGCUGAAAUGCUGGGAUGUCCCARGGCAGGGAGCCAGGAGGGAAUGGGUGCUGAACUCUUUGACACCACAUUYCAUCUCCUCUGUGCUGAAGGCAACUUAAGGAUCAGACCUUGAACAAAAGGUUUACGUGAGGGAAAACUGGCCUAAGGACUUCAGUUGUCAUUUGCUUGYUCCUGUACCAGACUCUGCUUAGUGAUAAACCAGAUCCAUGCACUUGUGCUGAGUGACUUCUUGUGCUGGUGACAGGGGACAGGACAUUUCCCUGCUCCCCAAACAGACUCCACAGAACCCCUGAGGUGUUUUUGUCAAACACCAYGUACAUUUUUAACUCACCUGUUUCCCCUGGAAUACACUUCCCUGGAAAAAGUCAUUGCUCUGCAUGCAUUGCUGCUGCUCUAGACAGACCUUGGUCUGGCCUAGUAUUUCCUAGAUAGAAUUAAGCAAGUCCUGACUAAUGACACAAAAAUACUGUUGAAAUGAAUGUUACCCCUGGUUCUUUAGCAUGAUGGCAGCAYUUAAAUGUACACUGCUUCCAGUUUUUCUCUCUGCAUACACAUAGGUUUAGUUGUGCAAAGCCCACAAUUAAUUUUUAGGCAGACUAAGCUUUUCCAGGCUCUGUACUUCUCUCAUACUCUUUGUAAAGCCCACUUGCUGCUUUUUUAAAUCCCGUGUCAUACAGGUGUUCASAGAGCAACUUCCUGUUCUAGAGCAGUGUAUGACAAGAAGGUAAAUGAUGAUAAAAACUGACACAUUUCCCCAGAAAUACCCCUUGAACCAAAGUUCCCUUAGGGACUUCUGAUGCUGUACUGAAACAGUUCUUGUGCUGGUUCUGAAAAAGUUGUCUUGGAAGAUGGUUUUCAUUUGUAACUGGGUAUAAGUUUCACUGGGCCACUUCUGUAGCAUUGGAGAGCCAGCUGAGAUCAUCCACACAGUUAAAGUUGUGAUUUCAGUCCCUGAUAUUAAAACUGUUCUUAAAUAAAAGUUCACCGUAUUCCUSUUCAAUGCCAGGGUACUACAGAUCUUCAGCACUAGCUCAAGGCAGGCUCUGGGUCCUGCUUGCUUUCAGGAAACUUUUCUUUGUAAAACUUUUUUUUCCAUUGGGUUUUCAUCAUGGCACAGCUACAAAGAAAAGUUUGAACUGUCAAACAUUAAACCACACUCAGUGUCCCACGUGAGUAAAACAAUAGUCCAUAGCAAAUGAUUCCUGGUGGAUGGUGAAGCCUGUACGGACAGCAGGUCACUGGUGAUGUAUUAACUCUGUUUUUACAAUUAAAGACUGAAA